GUGAACAAACUGGCUUAGUCCUGAGGAAAAUGGGGUUUGGUGUAAAUCUGGGGUGUAAUGCUGUCAUUUAUAUACCUCGUAAAAAGGAGAGCGAAGAGACCCGGCCAUCAAAUCACCGGCCAAAAUUAUGAGUGCUUACUAUGUGAAUUCUCUUUUUAGCAUAUAUACUGCGGGGACUUCCCGCUUUCAAAAUGUAGACCCGACUUCUUCCUCAUUCACGCCCAGCCCCCAGAGAUCCGGGUAUGGACCGGGGACUGGAGCCUUUUCUUCCUGCUUGCCUGGGCUGUACAAUGUGAAUAAUGAAAUCUACCAGAACCAUUCUGUGUUCACGCCCGGGUAUAACCUAGGCUUAGAAGCCUACAACCGCCACUGUAACUCCCUCGAUCAGAACAUUCUGUACAAUGGGCCGAGCAAACCCAACUGCGAAAGAACGGAUCCUGCUAACCUCAACCCCCGAUCUGAAGGACAUUUCCAGAUGUAUCCAUGGAUGAGAACUUCAGGUGGUGAUCGAAAGCGUGGGAGACAGACCUACACUCGAUACCAGACUCUGGAGCUCGAGAAAGAGUUUCACUUCAGCCGCUAUCUAACGCGUAGGAGGCGGGUUGAGGUCGCUCAUGCCCUGUGCCUUACAGAGAGGCAAAUCAAAAUCUGGUUUCAGAAUAGGAGGAUGAAAUGGAAGAAAGAACACAGUGAUGAGAACCCGAACACCAAAGAAGAAGAAGAAGAAGAAGAAGAAGAAGAAGAAGAAGAAGAAGAAGAAGAAGAAGAAGAAGAAGAAGAAGAAGAAGAAGAAGAAGAAGAAGAAGAAGAAGAAGAAGAAGGGUUGAACUGCUGUAUACUUAGAGAAGUGUUCAUGUUAAACCUGCGUGCCGAUUACGGUUGUUUAAACGAGGACGCUGCUGUUAAAAUUAAUACGGGUUGGUGUUGUGUUUGUCAGGAUCUAUUGCUAGGUGUUAUAGGUACGCAUUGUUUCUAGCUUCCUGUUCGAUACCGCCACCUUCUGGUCACAGUGAUCAGAGAGCUGGCUCGUUCUUACAGUAAUAGUUCAAUGGUAGAGAUGAAUUUGAAAUUUGAAACGUUCCUUCUGUGGUUGUUGUCACAUUGUAGACAAUAUUUUCUGAAAUCUGCUAAUGUAGUUUUUCUUGGAAUAAGUUAUGAUGAAUUGUAACGCU